AUGAAUAAUCGAUUAUUUCAAUUAGUGUUCCUAGUCAAUUCAUACACUCGUAGUGUGAUCAUCAAACAUGUAAAACAAAUCAAUCGAUUACUAUCAGCACCUUAUGAUCGUCAAAGAUAUGAUCAAGAACCAAUAGGAUACUACAACUGGUAUCAAUUAAGCAACGAUGCUAAUCAACUUGCAAGACAUGGAUACUUUGAUCAACUACAAUCAACUCUGCUGUCAUUAGAACAAAAGUAUGAAAACUAUAAAUGGUUUGAUGAUAACAAUACCAAUGGUGAUGAUGAUGGUACAAAUGAUCAAGAUAAACGAAAAUGGAUACCAAAUUUAAAAGAGAUCAUCGAAUCUUUAACAAGAUAUCCCCAGAUUAUAAAGAGUCAUGGUGAUAUCUUGAAUUACAAACAACAUCAAGAUGAUGAUGAUGAUAGUAUAUCUGUCAUCAGACACAUCAUUCAAGAUUUUAUUUAUACAAGAUAUGGUUUGGACAACUUGGAAGAGUUUACAAAGUCUUUGAUUGGUUGCUCUUUCAAAAAUUCUGGUGGUGAUUUAGAGAUGAUAAAAUGGGUAGAAUCUAUUCACAAUGACAAUAUACUCAAUGUGAUGGAUAAAUACAAGAUGGAUAUUUUAAUGAUCUAUCAAACAAACAAUCAAGAUAUAUUGUAUCAUUGUUUCAAAAUCUUUCAAUCUUCAAACCAUAACUCUUCAAUGUCCAACGCUAUACAAAGAAACCAUUUCAUCGUUAGAUUAGGAAAUCACAUCAAAGAUAGAGAUAAAGAAUGUACAACACUUAUCAAUCAUAUUUUUGACAAUAUGUCUGAAAUAAGUGAAUCCAUUAAAGUGGCCAUGAUUCUAAAAUGUAUUAAAACCAAUCAUCCUAGAGUCAUUGAAAUCAUUCAAUCCUAUCAAUCACUUUUAUUCACCCUCCUCCAAAAUGAACGAUUGAUUAAUGAUGUGUGUUUGUCACCUGGUGCAUUACCAAUCAUUUCAUCACAUUACAAAGUAUUUCCCAAACUCUAUAUUUAA